AUGAGUACAGCUGGACCCUCACCGCUUUCGGUGAAUAAAACAAAUAGACAGGCGAAAGAAGAACUCUUAAAUGAACAGAAGCAGGAAAUCAGAGAAGCUUUCACCUUAUUCGACUUGGAUAAUGAUGGAUUAUUAGAUUACCAUGAAUUGAAGGUGGCUUUGAGAGCACUUGGGUUUAAUUACUCGAAGAAAGAGGUUCUCUCUGUAAUAGAGAAGUACGAUUCGAACGAUCAGAAGCUGAUACGUUAUGAUGAUUUCUACAGAUUUGUCGCCAGUAAAAUAGUGGAAAGAGACCCAGUAGAGGAAAUUAAGAGGGCAUUUAAACUCUUUGAUGACGACGGGACGGGAAAAAUUAGUUUGAAGAACCUUCGCCGGGUUGCCAAAGAAUUGGGUGAAAAUCUCACCGAUGAUGAGCUGAUGGCCAUGAUUGACGAGUUCGACUUGGACGGCGAUGGAGAGAUUAGUGAGCACGAGUUUCUUAAUAUAUGUAUGGAAAAUUAA